AUGGAGCCGAUUAUUGUUCUUGGGAAUGAUUUCAAAUGGAGAUUCAAUGCAAACGAAGUUGCCAAUUUGCGAAGAAUGCAAUUCAGUGAAAAAUUCACAAUCGCAGAGAAAGAUUGGAAAAUUGGUGUGGUCUCAAUUGCAAAUGAAUUGACUGUUGAAAUUCAUCUCGAAACAAAUGAUCAAAUUGAAAAACGUUGGAUUUAUGAAAUUGAUGGCGAAUGCACAGUUCUCAAAGAUGAUUCCCAGAAAAAUAUCAUUUGCAAAAAAGUGCGCCAAUUUGUUUCACUGCAAACGAUUGUUCUGGAAUUUUCGCAAAGUUCGAGAAUUUUUACAGUGAUGGAAGAGAAGGACCUUUGAUUGUUGAUGUGCUUUUCAAUCUCAAGAUUUAUGAUUUUUCCAAGGAAAUCCCGAAUAAUUUGGAUUUUGUGCUUCAUGUUGAUGAUCAACGAUUGCAUGUCAAUAAAGGGGUUAGCUAAUUAAUUUUAUUAAAAUUAAUUGUGGAAUCAAGUGUUCAAAUUUUACAGGUUUUGUGCAGUGUUUCGCAAUUUUUCUCCAAGUUUUUCGAAUCGAAUCCAGAGGAAAAAAGAUUUGAAGUUGAAAAUGUUGAGCUCCAUCAAAUGUGCCAUUUUCUCGCUGCAAUUAAUCCAAUUCCAAUUCAUGCAACCAGUAAGUUGGGUGUUUAAAAAACGAUAUCGAAUCAAAUUCUUCCAGAAAAAAGUUAUGAAUUCUUGAUGGUUUUGGCGAAAAAAUUCGAAUGCUUGACAGUCUUCGCAAAAUGCGAGCAAUAUUUGAUCAUCGACAAUGAUCUUGAUUUGAUGAAAAAAUUGGAAUUGGCUGAUCAAAAUGAUUUCGAAUAUCUCUUGGAAAGUUGCAUUGAUUCGUUCAAAACUCACAAACAAGUCAAAGAAAUCACUUUGAAUGCAGAUUUUUGGAAAUUCAAGGAAUCCACACAACUUCGUGUUGUUAAAUCGAUUUUGAAGUUUCUCUAA